GGCCAAUCGGCGGUCCGCGCAGCCGCCGGGCUCCCAGUUUAAAUCCACGCGGAGGGGCGGGAGGCGUCUUUGGCCCAGAGCGAGAGCGGUGAGGUGUUGUACCCGGCUGGGCUUGGCCUGCCCUCUCUGUCAGGGGUGUGCUGGCGGGGCUUCCGCUGCCGAGCCGAGGGCCUGGGCUCAGCCACCUCCUUCCUCCUGCUGAGGGCCUCUGACAGCUCCCUCCACGGAAAGAGGGGCCGGCAGCGACGUGACUUCAGCCAGCUGGCGAGGGAGGCGGAGAUGGAUGUUGCCAAGAAGGAAGAUGUUCUUCUUUUGGCUGAUGAAAAAUUUGACUUCGAUCUCUCAUUGUCUUCUUCGAGUGCAAAUGAAGAUGAUGAAGUCUUUUUUGGACCUGUUGGCCAUAGAGAAAGGUGUAUUGCUGCCAGCCUAGAGUUAAAUAACCAGGUUCCCGCACAGCCCGCCUCGGCGGCACCAGCCAGUGCCUGCACCUGGAGCCCGCUCACUGGGGAGAAGUUCGUGGAAGUGUACAAGGAGGCGCACCUGCUGGCCCUGCAGAUAGAGAGUCAGAGCAGGACCCAGGCAGCCCCAGUUGCCCAGCCUGAGCAGACCUGGAGCCAGGGCGUGGAAAAAUUUCUCCAGGAGUCAAAGCUAAAAAUGAGCCUCUUUGAGAAAGAAGAGGAAACUGAGAAAAGCCCCAAGUCACUUAAAAGAGAAACAUACUACCUGUCAGACAGCCCCUUAGUGGGAUCGCCACUCUCACAAGGCCAGCCUCCCUCCGCCAAGCCCUUGUUCCUGGCCCCAGGCCCGGCCAGCCCUGCCCCUGUAGGGCAGCACUCAUCACAUGCCUUGCCCGGGAACCCACGGGCUGCCCACCCUCUGGGUCAGGCGCUGCCUCAGAAGAGGUUGCCCAGCAAGCUGCCACCACCUCGAGCUUCAUCUGCACAAGGGCGCCACCUUCAGCUGGCCUCGGAGAAGCUCAAGAAAGAGGUACCAGCGAGUCCCUCCCAGGGGAAACUCCUGAAUGAAAAGCAACCCCGUGGGGCUGGGCUCCCAGAAAAACCCCAUGCGUCCCUGGAUGCUGCCAGCCUGCUGGGUACCAGAGGCCACAGGGGCCAAGGCAAGCGAUCACUCCUGGUUCCUAGCAAGGUGGGGCUGAAGAGGAGUCUGUUAAAGCCUCCAGGCUGUGCUGGCAGCAUCCCGGGAAAGUCUUCCUCUUCCUCUUCUUCCUCUUCCUCUUCCUCUUCCUCGGGGUUCUCCUCCAGCACAGCAUCCAGCGUGUGCCCAUCCCCAGCAGCAGGCAAAGGGAAGUCCAGCGAGCUUGCAAGUGUUCCUGCCGGUGGCGCCCAGCCUCUGCCAAGCACUGGCAAGCCGGGCGGGCCGGGACCUGCCAUACUGCGCCAGGCCCUGGCAGCAGCCCCUGUGGGGGCGUCCAGCGUGCAGGCAGGAGGGAUUGAUGCUACCCGGUCCACGGCACCACCCACAGCUCCCCCAGCCCAGCCGCAGACCCCGGAAAGUGGAGGCCCGAGGCCGAACCCUGCUUCCGUUUCAUCAGCAUCUUCUGAGCUGAAUAAAACUCAAAGCCUAGGUCGGCGAGAUUCCUGUCUAAAUUCCAGGAUGAAGGCUGUGUCUACUCCUACAGAUCCAUUUAAAAUUCCCAGGUUUUCGAUCGGCGGGUCCCCCAAUGGUACGACACUGAAGUUCUCGCGGACACAGAGGCUGCAGUCGUGGGCAUCUGCUGGCAGGGCCGUGGUUCACAGCACUCCUGUGAGACGUUCUUCAGGGCCAGCGUCACAAAGCCCCUCCGGCAGCACGCGGACGCCCACGAGUGCGAGACGAAUGUCCGCAUUGCCAACGCCUGCCAGCCGGCGCCUCUCUGGCCUCCCACUGAUGACCCCCAGAACCAUGCCCAGGGCCCUAGCAUCCCCGCUCUUUGUCCCUGCCCGGCAGCGGCUGUCUUCUGAGCCCCGGAGGAGAUCCGCAGUAGGCACUGAGCCAGCGAGGGACAGCGGCCGAGGGCCAGGACAUGGGCAGGUGGCUUCCUCACCCAGAGGGGUCUUCUCCCCUCCUCCCUCUGUGCCCCAAGCUCUUUGCUUCUCCCCAGAGCAAAGCAGUCCUUCCUCAGAAGACCUUGCCACAGGACCAGCUCAGGACGAGGCCAAGCCCAAGGAGGACACCCACCCAGCUGAGGUGGUAGACACAGCAGUGCUGGACCGUCCUCCCCUGCGCGGCCCUGCCCCAGCGCUGCUUGUGGACAUCGGGUUGGACCAGCUUGCCAUCUCUCCUCCGGCCGAGAGCCGCGCCCCAGAGGACCUCCCACUGAUCGACCUUGGCAGCACUCCUGGAGCGGAUGUGUCUUUGGGGCCUGCGAGCGGACCCUUGAUCGACCUCACCGCCAACACCCCGGACAUGAGCAGACAUGAUGUGUCCAAAGCUAUGCCAGCCGAGGGCCAGCUCAUCGACCUGUGCUCCCCUCUCAUCCAGCUGAGCCCCGAGGCUGACAAAGAAAACCUGGACUCGCCACUUCUCCGGUUCUGAGAGGUUUGCUAGCUGUGCGAGGAGCAGUUGGUCCUGAAGUGGCUUUGACCUUUAGAAAUGUGGUAUAGGAAGCAUAUUUUUUUUAAAGGCUAUGUGCAUUUUCUGCACCUGGAGGGGCAGCUGGGGACAGUCCUGCUUCCGUAGGCUCCUCCCCUUCUAUUCCUAGGCUGGAGUGCGCGCUCUGAAUGAAGAAUGUGAGGUUUCUGUGUGUAAAAUAGCAAGCACCUAGUUUUAAAGUUAAAUGUGUAUGAAAUGUUAAAUAAUCUAGAUUUAAAUUAAACUGUAAAAUAAAAGUACAUUAAAACAUACUUGUUUUUGAAGCUUAUCCUGAUUUUCAGAUGUAUAUAGCUAUUCUCAUCCCACCCAUCACUAAGCAAGACCUGUUAUCUGGUCAUUAGUGCUUUUAUAAGUGAUUUUGAAAAUUUAGUAUGAGUAAAAAUUGGCAUAAAUCCAGAGCCCAGCCCAUCCCAGCUAUACCCACCCCCAUCGCGGGCCUGGGAACCUGCAUCUGCCGGGCACUCAGCUGGUUCUAGUGUAGGGGCGAGGGCCACACUUUGCAGAGGCCCCCUAGGCAGUUGGCUUCCUGAGGGAGGGAGAAACAUGGGUAACAGGAAAGGCCCAGCCCUGUGCCAAGGCCCCACCUGUUGGCCAGGAGCAAGCUCGGUGUGCUUUCAUCAGGGACACCGAUGGAGGUCUUGGGGACUAAGGGCACUGGAAACCAGCGCCUGCCUGAAGCCUCUCAUUUACUAAGACCAGUGUCCUGGAGGCCCCUGAUUUCUGCACGUCUCUUUAUGGUUUGAAGAGUCCUUAGUCUGUUCUCUACCAUCAGAGGAGACUAGCAGGACCCCACUUCAGUUUCCCUGUAUUAGGCCAGGUCCUUCCCUCUUCUGCAGCUCAGAAAAGGGACAGCCAGGCUUGACUUCACACCUCCACAGAUAAUGUGGCAAAUAUAGAAUGGCCACCUGGAACCAGCUGUGGUGGCAUCCAGAGUGGGGAACACAGCUGGCAUGGACACACCUGCAGCCAAAGGCUUUGAACAGAAGGCGGGGACAUACAAAGAUGAACAAUGAUGAUACUGAGCUGGGGCUGCCUCAGGUUUGCCAGCAGGCUAGGGGCUGCAGCAGGUCCCCCUGCAGAGUUGUAGCAUCCUAGGUAUUAGCACCACAGGGCCCUCACCUAGCCUCUGCUUUGAUCCCUCGAAUCACAGAGGAAUAAAACCAAACCCGGAAGUGAAUUCAUUCAACAAAUGACACCUCUAGUGUGGGUCAGGCUGCGUUUUCCUGGGAGUCCAGUGAAGUACAAAGCUGUGACAUCUUGGGGCCUGAUGUUUGAUGGGGUAAAAAAAGACAUCAAACUUGGCUAACCUGUUGUGAUAGUCAAAUUAUGUCUUGGCUGUCUCCACUCAAGCGGUAGUGUUCCACAGUCCUCACCUGGAGCCCUGGGCCCUGGCUCUUCCUGUGCUUUCUCCUCCCUGUGCUGGGCUGUCCUGGAGUCAAGGGUGUGCGGUCCAGUGUACAAGUACCCGGAGCACAGCAGUACUUCUGGCGUCUAUGGACAGCUGGAGAAGGCCUAAGCACAUGGGUUGGGCAGCACUGUCCUUGUGCUCAAGCUGUACUCCCCCUCAUGCCCCCUCUGCAGUUGGACAGCUUGCCUGAAAUCCCUACCUUUUCUGGCACCCAGGCCCCAAUCUGACCACUCUUAGGGUG